CUGCGUUGCCUGGCACAGACCUUUGCCACCGGUGAGGUGUCUGGACGCAGCCUCAUCGACAUCGGUUCAGGGCCCACCAUAUACCAGCUGCUGAGCGCCUGCGCCCACUUCGAGGACAUCACCAUGACGGACUUCCUGGAGGCCAACCGCCAGGAGCUGGAGCUCUGGCUGCGGGAGGAGCCGGGGGCGUUCAACUGGAGCGCGUACAGCCAGCACGCCUGCCUCAUUGAGGGCAAGGGCGAGUCCUGGCAGGAGAAGGAGCGCCAGCUGCGAGCCAGGGUGAAGCGGGUCCUGCCGGUGGACGUGCACCUGCCCCAGCCCCUGGGCGCGGGGAGCCGGGCGCCCCUGCCCGCCGACGCCCUGAUCUCCGCCUUCUGCCUGGAGGCCGUGAGCCCAGACCUCGCCAGCUUCCAGCGGGCCCUGGGCCACAUCACCAUGCUGCUGAAGCCUGGGGGCCACCUGCUGCUCAUCGGGGGCCUGGAGGAGUCGUGGUACCUGGCGGGGGAGGCCAGGCUGGUGGUGGUGCCGGUGUGUGAGGAGGAGGUGAGGGAGGCCCUGGUGCAGAGCGGCUAUGAGGUCCGCGACCUCCGUACCUACAUCAUGCCCGAUCACCUGCGGACAGGCGUAGAUGACGUCAAGGGCGUCUUCUUUGCCUGGGCCCAGAAGAAGGUGGGGGCGGGGGUGUGAGGGCCCAAUGCCCCCGGUGCCCUGCAGACUACCCCACUCGCCCAGAGUCCCUAUUAGCUGAGGUGGCGCCUAAUAAAGAAAUGGUUCCUGCA